AUGCUGCUCCUUCUCUCGGCGCUGGUCCUGCUCACACAGCCUCUGGGGUACCUGCAAGCAGAAAUGAAGACCUAUUCCCAGAGAACAGUGGCCAACGCCUGCACCCUGGUCAUGUGUAGCUCCGUGGAGAAUGGCCUGCCUGGUCGCGAUGGACGGGAUGGGAGAGAGGGCCCUCGGGGCGAGAAGGGGGAUCCAGGUUUGCCAGGAGCUGUAGGGCAAGCAGGGAUGCCUGGACCAGCUGGCGCAAUUGGGCCCAAAGGGGACAAUGGCUCUGCUGGAGAACCCGGACCAAAGGGAGACCCUGGACCAAGUGGACCUCCAGGACUUCCAGGUGUGCCUGGUCCAGCUGGAACAGAAGGUGUCCAGGGCAGGCAGGGGAACAUAGGCCCUCAAGGCAAACCAGGCCCAAAAGGAGAGGCUGGGCCCAAAGGAGAAGUAGGUGCCCCAGGCAUGCAGGGCUCUGCAGGGACAAGAGGCCCCACAGGCCCUAAGGGAGACAGAGGCGCCCCUGGUGAGCGUGGAGCCCCCGGGAAUGCCGGGGCAGCAGGGCCUACUGGAGCUGUGGGUGUGCAGGGAGCUCCAGGUGCCAGGGGACCCCCGGGACUGAAGGGGGACAGAGGUCUUCCUGGAGACAGAGGAGCCAAGGGAGAAAGUGGCCUUCCAGGUGCUGCUGUUCUGCGGCAGGUGGUGGCGGUCCUGGAUGAGGUGGUGCGGCUCCUGGUGGCCUUCUUUUCUUAUUAUAAGGGUGUUGAGCUCUUUCCCAAUGGCCGAAGUGUAGGGGAGAAGAUCUUCAAGACCCUAGGCCUGGAAAAGCCUUUUGAGGAUGCGCAGCAGGUGUGCGUACAGGCUGGCGGACAGCUGGCGUCCCCACGCUCUGCGGCUGAGAAUGCAGCCUUGCAACAGCUGGUCACAGACCAGAACAAGGCUGCUUUCCUGAGCAUGACUGACACCAAGACAGAGGGCAAGUUCACCUACCCCACAGGGGAGCCCCUGGUCUAUUCCAACUGGGCCCCGGGGGAGCCCAACAAUGACGGCGGGGCAGAGAACUGCGUGGAGAUCUUCACCAAUGGCAAGUGGAACGACAAGGCUUGUGCAGAGCAGCGCCUCGUGAUCUGCGAGUUCUGAGCCUCAUGGGGUGGGUGGGGCGGUGCUUGGCCCAGGAGGCUGGCUAGCAAGUCAGUGCUCAGACCUGAGUGCUGCCAACAUCCUAAUAAAAAGGUGACCGCCUCUGCUGG